CCCAAGAUUACCAACGAGCCGCCAUCAAUAUGGAAAAAUCUUGGAAAACUUCGACAGAAAGGUUUUGUUCGCAAUAUCUACAGCUAGAAGAUUCUUUGGAUUUCCCUCCUCCGGAAGUCUUGCAGCUCAGUGCCGUCCAAGAUUACAUCCAUGAGCGUCUCUUUGCCGAUGGCGCGGUGCAAUAUGGACCACCUCUGAGAUAUCAGAGUCAAAAAUUGAAACAAUUAUUAUCACGUAUCGAGGCUAGUAUUGAUGACUGGGAUCAAUUUGGUAUAUCAGAUGAUCUCAUGGCAUCGCUUUCUAUGAUUAUUGCACAACCUCUCCCACAAGAGGCAGAAGAGGCUCAACAAAAAUGCUAUGUCAAUUAUAGCUUAUCGUUGCUCCAGUCGGCAGAUGAGACUGCUAGCAUCACCUUGUUGGAGAAUAGGUUUCUUAUCGCAGCAUCGGGAACAACUGGACUGCGUACAUGGGAAGCAGCACUUCACAUGGGCCAAUUUCUCUGUGGAAACAAACCCCUCGUACACCAAAAACGAAUACUAGAAUUGGGUGCAGGUACGGGUUAUCUGUCCAUCCUCUGCUCCAGACAUCUCGGCGCCACCCAUGUCAUUGCAUCAGAUGGUUCCGAUGACGUUGUAAACAAUCUACCGGAUAACUUAUUCCUUAAUUCUCUCCAGGAAUCCGAAAAUAUUACACCUAUGGAUCUCAAAUGGGGAUAUGCGCUGCUUGGAACUGAGGAGCAGAAAUGGAACGGUGGUCGUCCAGUAGACGUUGUCAUUGGUGCCGAUAUAACGUACGAUAAAAGCGUUAUACCAUCGCUAAUAAGUACACUGGAAGAACUGUUUGAUUUAUAUCCUAGCGUGGAUGUGUAUAUUUCGGCAACGCAACGAAACGCCGAUACCUUUCAAGUCUUCCUUGACCGGUGCCGUGAAGCAGGGCUUCUACCCGUCGAUAUGGAAUACGGGGUACCAAAUCGAAUUCAACAAGGUGGUCCAUUUUAUAACGAUAAGGUCAAUAUCCUUAUUUAUCGAAUCUGCAAAGAUCGAAGUUAGCAACAUCAUAGACUUUGCUACCCGGGAGGGAAAUAAAUGAUUCCAUAACCACCAGCCGCUGGAGUAGUCUCUUCUGAAACCUUGAGAUUUUAGACUAAAUACUUUACACUGUGAUUUCUGGCUCGAUCCUAACUUAAACCAUGCUCAGUUAUGUUAAACUUCCACGCACUCCUCAACACCUCAUGUUAAGGAGUGCGUGUAAGUGGAUCCC